AUGGCGAUGCCCAUUAAAGGGUGCUAUAGAGCUGUCGAAGCUGGCCAACCAGGUUGCCCUGUUCUUUUGGCAGGUCUGAAAGAACCACUCUUGCUGCCUGGAGCCCUCAGGCGAUGCAGCUGGCCAGCUCUCUCCUGGGCUGAUUUGCAGGUGUUGCACAGAGAGCAUGGCCACCGAAAAGUGGCUUUGCGAUUUGGAGCCCUCAGCGCCAGCAGAACACCGUGGGAGGGGCAGUGUGAACGACUUGAAGAUGUCCAACUGGGAGACUUUUGCAAGUGGCUUGUCGACCAGGAAGCGCCUUCAAUUUCUCAUCGAAAGGAUGAAUGGUGGGGUUACUGUUCCUACCAGCACUUUGAGGCCCUGUUUGAAGACAUGGAGGACAGCAAUCGAGCUGCAGCCAACUUUGCAGAGCUUCUCAAGGAAAAACCAUCUGUUCCUGGUGCGCCAACCCUUUGGCUAGGUUCCAAAGGAGCUCGGACUCCGUGCCAUCAAGAUGCGUAUGGACACAACAUCGUCGCACAGAUCGCUGGCGAAAAGCUUUGGCUGCUUUUUGACCCUUCAAGUUCAUGGCUUGGUGGGCACCGCCUUCCUUUUGAGGACUCAUCGACUUUCACCGACUUGGAUCCUUUGGAAGAGGAGAUCCCACAAAGGUUCACUGGCCUUCGGACCACAUUGCAUCCUGGAGACGUCUUGGUCAUUCCCAGACAUUGGUUUCAUGCAGUUGAGUGCACCUCCAGUUGGUCUUUGUCCCUGAACCAGUGGCUAGAUGCGCCAGGAGAUGCUGAGCAACGCGUACAUGAGGCCAUUGCUCGUUGCUUGGCAUCGCCCCUUCUUGAAGUGAGGCCCGAAGGAUGGUGGCUGAAUCCAGAUGAGGACUUGCUGGAGACCAGCGAAAAUAUCGAGUUCCUGAUGUCUGCUUUGCAGGUGCAGCUGGGACGGGAGGUGUCGGCAUCAGCUGUGCAUGCUGCUUUGCUGCGUGCCGCAACGCGACCAGAGGUCGUCUCCAGCAUUGUUGGUCUUGUCGCAAGUGAUUUGCACAGGCAACUAGAAGCUGAAGACAAAGAGAAAUAUGUUGGCCGCUUGCGAGUGACUGAUUACCUUUGCCCACCCAGUUGCAUGAGUUAG